AUUGGUACUGAGGAUUGCGACUCAAUACCAAGAGUCUGCUGUUUCGUUUAAACAUGAAUGGGUGAAAUGGGCAACUGAUAUUGAGAAGAAGGUUCUCGCGCUCAAGAUCGGGACCCCACUUGAAACUACGGUUCUCAAAGAGGAUCUCCGAGUUCAAGACGCCUCUCCGAAGCAGAAGCUAAGGAAAGGGUGGCGUUACGAAGAGGGAUUAGGGGAGUGGGUGUCUACUGGCCAGACACCUGGCCGAAAGAAUAGAACUCCCAGACGAGCUGGCUUUGAAGUGGUGGUCUUUAACCAUAAGGAAGGGAUUUGGAGGCAGGAGUAUUUGAAGCUCCCUUCCGGCCGCAGUGCCGAACUUGUCCUCAGCGAUAGCGAGGAUGGCUCCUAUGGUGUAUUCCCGGACAGUGAGGACGGUGAAUUAGAUUCAGAAUCGGAGGGGGAGCAGGGGUCACUGUACCAAGGCUCAGACUCCGAAAGCACAACCAGAAGAAUCUUGCCCCCGAGGUCCGUUGAUAAGACACAGGCUAUUAGAGAUAGUCUAAGGAGGUUUCCAAUGAGAAGCCAAUUAUUUAUCGCGUCCACCCCUGCGGUUGACAGGUCGGCUGAGCUUAGCUCGCCUAUUGCCAAGGAGAAUCUCUUGUUGAGAUUUAUUGGCUCUGGCGAGAUUCCCACUAGCGACCCUGUCAGGGCAUCGGAUGAGGAUGAGGAUGAGGAUGAGGAUGAGGAUGAGGACAGCGAGGAUGAUGAAGACAACGAGGACGACAAGGCGACAGAUAGGGGAGAUCGGGGGGACGCAAAGGGGCGAACUAUAAUCCCAGACUCCUCCCCCAUUGUCAGCAGGUUGACUCGGUACAAUCAAUUACCAUUCAUCGCUGGGCAUCAAGAAUCCAUCACUGUUCCUCCCACCUCCUCUCCUGCCCAAUUGUCAGCCUAUGCAUCUCCUUCCCCAGCUCUCUCCUCUCGUCCUCCGUCUUCCCCUCCCCGUCGCACCAAACCCACACAUGGCGAUGACGACGAUAUGGACAUAGCCUCUGACUCGGACAUCGAUUCCGACUCCAACUAUGAACCCACUGUCACCCCCGCUGCCCCUUCCACUGCCCGUGGGACCAGAAACUCGCUGGAAGACGAACUCUCCGCGUCCGACGCUGCCUUCCCUUGCCACCGUGAUCGCCCCUCCUCGUCUACACCAAUACUUAAAACUAUGGUUAGCGCCUCCUCCAUCACCCCUCGAUCUACUUCAUCUCCCAAUCCACCGUUGUCCGCCUCCUCGAAGCGCAAGAUUGAGCGCUCCACCAGACGUCGGGCAAUGGGUAGGAAGCGUGCGAUGCUCCGGAAGAGGUCUGUUGCGGAAAUUGCACGUCACAAACAAGACGAGAUGAGUGCCGACGAGCUGGCAUGAGAACAAGCAUACGGGUCUCACUUCUCCCUCGUUUUUUUAUGAUAAUCUAUUCAUUAAGCUUUCUUUUAUAGUUUCUUUUUUAUCACUCUUUUUCUCUAACGAGGGUACCCUUUUUUUUUUCACUUCAGGGGUUUUAUCGUAGAUAGAAAGUGUUUUUUUUUUCUUUCAGAUUUAAUUAGUUUGGGCUUUUUCCUUCUGGGUUCCAAUUCCCGCAUAUGUUUCCGUACACUUGAUUUGACUUCAUACCUUGGCUGAGUGUUUGGUCAGAUGGGUGGGUGGUCAGACUUUUUCUUGUUUUAAUUCAUGUAUAAAGUUUUUUUUUUCUUUCACCCUUUCUGUUUCUUGUGAAAUACUUGAUUGCUGAGUUUUGUGUGCGCGGAUUAGUAUGUGCAUAUGUGUCUGAGGUACGGGACCCUUUUGGGGUAUACUUGGCUGGUUGGGACCGGUAUAAUUGCGUGUUUGCUCCAUCCUUGGUACUGUGCUGUGCUCGCAUUUUAAUGGGUUGUGCAUUGGACGGGGGCUUCAAGGGGUGUGUAGUAAAUACACAGACGCUAUUAAAUAAUGCCAGUGGUACCAUACAAAUGGCUGGGGUUCUUGAGCAGACCGCUUUAUAACAGGAUCUGAAUCCAUCAAAUGU